AAAAGUUAAUUACAAUAAUCCAAAAUAAUCCAUUGAAAAACAUCCUCCUUUUCCAAUAAUCUUAUAAGUUAUAAUUGUUUCUUUUAAUCCAAUCAUUUUCUCUCACCAAUUUUUUAUUUAUUUCUUCAUAUAUAUAUAAGCUAAGUUAGCAUUGUCACACAUUCAAAUAAAUCAUACCAAAAUCUCAAAUUAAAAAAAAAAAAAAAUUCAUCAUCAUCAUCAAUGGAGUCUUCAUCUUUCUACUUUGAUCAAUUUUCAACUAGCCCAGAACAAAAUUUCUCAUCAUCUUCAUCAUCAACAUCAUCAAUUUCAUCACUAGAAUCUCUUUCAUGGAGCGAAUUACUCGAUUUCCAUAACGACACCGUUUUAUUCGAAGAACUCCUAAACGGUACACCGCAACUACAAUACGACGUCGUUAAAGCAGAGCGAGUAGAAGAAGGUCAUCAUGUAAUAAAUCAAAACGACGACGUUGUAAUAACGAAAGGUGAAAUGACUAAAAAGUCCUCUUCGUACAGAGGAGUUAGAAGAAGGCCAUGGGGAAAAUACGCGGCUGAGAUUAGAGACUCGACUAGGAAAGGAGUUCGCGUUUGGCUCGGAACCUUCGAUAGCGCCGAAGCCGCGGCUUUAGCUUAUGACCAAGCCGCAUUCGCUUUGAGAGGCUCAUUAGCCGUACUUAAUUUUCCAAUUGAUGUCGUACGACAAUCGCUUAUUCAAGACGACAUGAACACGUGUUGUCGUUUUGAUGACGUGGCAAAAGAAGGAUUUUGUUUUUCUCCGGUGGUGGCUCUAAAGAGGAAACACUCUUUGCGGCGGAAGAAUAAUAAAAAGGCGGUGGCGGCUCCGGCCAAGAAAAAUAAAAAUGUGGUGGUUUUUGAGGAUUUGGGAGCUGAGUACUUAGAACAACUUUUGAGUUUGAGUAGUUAAUAAUUAUUAAUUAAUUAGUUAAUGAUGAUGAUUAAGAUAAUUUGGUAAUUAAUUAAUUAAUUAAUUAAUUACUUUUUUUUUUUUUAAUAUGAAAUCUAUGGUGGUCGAUGGGACCAAUGAGCCAAGAUUUGAAGAAAAGAUUUUGAGGGAUGUCAUGUUAGUGGGGGUAUAAUUUUAAUAUAUAAUAGAUUAAUAGUGUAUGUACUAUGUAUAUUAUUUUUAUGAAUUAAUAAUUAAUUAUGUUUUUAAAGUUUUUCUUUUGUAAAAAGUUUGAAAACGAUAGGAUAGGAUUAAUGCAUAUAUAUUAUAUAAAAUCACUUUUUUAUUAAACAUUAUCGGAUUCUUUUUUUGUCUAAUUAAGACUUAUUAUAGGCAUUAUUAUAACUUAACUAGCUUGUCAAC